AUGCCUUCAGACGAGGAGCCCCUGGGUCCGCCUAAAGAUGAGCCGCGGGACGAACAUCUGUUACUGUCUUUACCCGGCGGCGAGUACAGAGUUAGGCCGGAGCCUCUGUCCUCGCGCGUCUUUCAGCAGCUGUCGCUAGGGUGCUCGGUGAGGAUCGAGCGCCUCCGCGACGCCGCCAAGCCGUGUCCCGUGACGUCACACCGCGAGCCGAGCCCCGCCAAGCCGUGUCCCGUGACGUCACACCGCGAGCCGAGCCCCGCGAGGAGUGUGGACGCGCCCGGUCACACCGCCGCCGAGGAACAAGCCCGCACGUCGGAUGUAAAAUCAUCGAUUAAACCAGAGCCUUGUGAUGACGUCGAGGGAGAUGAGCAGCUGCUAGAUGUGUCAUUUGAAAAAUCGUCGAUUAAAUCAGAGCCUGAUGAUGCCGGGGGAGAUGAGCAGCUGCCUGAUGCGUCAUCGGCGGCUGUUGAGGUUCCGCCGGCGCAGCCUGCCGCCCGCGCGAGCCGAGCCGAGCCCGAGCCUCGCCACGCCUCGGCGCCCGCGCGGGCGAGUCCCGUGACGUCACACGAGCCCACUCCAGCGACCAGUGCGAAGUUGCCUGUUGCCCGCCAACAAGCCCACACACACCAGCCUAGCUUAAUCGGACAUGUAAUUAACACAGACACUGAUGCAGUGUACUCAUGCAGAGUCUGUCCACAAAAGUUCUCAAAUAAAACUCUCCGCGAACUACAUGAAUACACUCACAUGGAAGUAUACAUUUGCGAUAUGUGUAAUAAAAAAUUUAGGGUGAAAUCAGUUUUAAUUAGUCAUAUUUUUAAGUUACAUAUGAAGAUAAAUGCUGUGUGCAAAGUUUGCAACAAAAUUUUUGAGAAAGCGUACUUAAAGAAACAUCAAAGACUUCACACUGGUGACAAACCAUACAAAUGUAAGGCAUGUGGUAAGAAAUUUGCACUUGUUGAAUAUUUACGUUUACACAUAAGAGUUCACACUGGUGAAAACCCAUACAAGUGUGAAGAAUGUAACAAAGAAUUUAAAUAUAGAAGUGGGUAUAACAGACACAAAAAAAUUCACACUGGAGACAAAAGAUAUAGCUGUGAUGAAUGCGGCAAACGUUUUAUAAGAAACCACACUUUAACUGAACACAAAAAAGUUCACACGGGUGAGAAAUUAUAUAAGUGUGAUGAAUGUGACAUGCUAUUUGGAUAUAGAAAUUCUUUAAAAAAGCAUAAAAUAAUGCAUAUCCGAGGUAAUAUUUACAGCUGCAACUUUUGCGACGAGAAAUUUCCACAAAUAAUACUUUUAAAUAAACAUAAAAAUAAGCACGUCGGAGAAAAACCGUACUGUUGCGAAGAAUGUGACAAGAGAUUUAAAAGAAAAGAUCAAUUAGAUUUGCAUAAAAUAUCGCACAAAGGAGACAGACCAUACACCUGUGACAAGUGUGGUAAACAAUUUAAACGAAAACAUAAUUUAUUUCAACAUGAAAAAAAUCACGCGGAAAAAUCUCACAGUUGUAAUGAAUGUAACAAGAAAUUCACACACAAACAUCAGUUAAAAGCUCAUGUUAGAACUCACACUAAAGAAAAACCCUUUAUUUGUGAAGAAUGUGGCGCGCGAUUCGCUCAAAAUUAUAUUUUACAAAAACAUAAACAGAUUCAUUCUGAAAAGAUACCCGUGACUGAGUGUGAGGAAAUUAUUAACUAAAGGAAUUCAUUAUUAUUUCUUUAUUUAUUUGAACUCUUAGGCUAGGUGAUUUAUAAUAUGAAUAUAAAAGUAAAAUCUAAAAACACUUACAAAACAAUAAGAAAUACAUGUAAACACAUUGUAAAAAAACCUAACCUAAGGUGCCGCCGGCAGCGGGGCCCAAGCUGCCGGUGGUCAGGGCUGCAGAGAGAGAGGAACCGACGUACUAUACGCGCCGUGUCCAAAAUUACCGCCUUCUGCAUCUGACCCUUGAU